UCCUGUUUUGGAACAUCGAUCGUGUGGCCAUGCUGUUUGUUUGCGAUGUCAGUCAUUUUUGUGACGAACGUUUUAUUUUAUUUUUUAGCUUCUUUUUGUCUUCUGACUUUUUCUUACCGCACCACAUAUUCCUCAUCUGUCCAUCAUGAGUAAAGACGACGAAUACGACUACCUGUUUAAAGUUGUGUUGAUUGGUGACUCUGGAGUCGGAAAGUCCAAUCUGGUGUCGCGUUUCACAAGGAACGAGUUUAACCUCGAGUCAAAGUCGACCAUUGGUGUAGAGUUCACAACCAGGAGUAUCCAAGUGGACGCAAAGACGAUCAAAGCACAGAUUUGGGAUACAGCUGGACAAGAGCGUUACCGUGCCAUUACAGCUGCAUAUUACCGUGGUGCGGUCGGUGCUUUACUUGUCUACGAUAUUGCUAAACAUCAGACCUACGAGAAUGUAGGACGCUGGCUCAAAGAACUUCGCGAUCAUGCCGACACCAAUAUUGUCAUCAUGUUGGUCGGAAACAAGAGCGAUUUGCGUCACUUGCGCGCCGUUCCUACAGAUGAGGCCAAGCAGUUUGCGGCUGAGAACGGACUUUCAUUCAUUGAGACUUCGGCUUUAGAUGCUAGCAAUGUUGAGCUUUCUUUCCAACGCAUCUUGACAGAAAUCUACCGCAUUGUGUCCAACAAGGCAUUGGAGAAUUCAGGAGAUAUGAUCAGACCCACUGGGGGAGAGACGAUCAAUGUAACACCUACUUCUGGAGACCCCAACGCUGGAAAGUGCUGUUAAAGAUUUGGAACAAUCUCAAUCGUUGUGACCAGGAUCAGAUGAAUCCGUAUUCCACAAUAUCGGUCCUUUUUAUUUUAUUUUCUUAUUUGUUUCUCUAUAAUUAUUUUCGGGAUAUCAUGCCGACAGGAAAAUUCAUUGUGCAACAAGGGAAAAAAGUACAGGGAGGAGAAUUAAAAAGAUAUAAAAUGGUGGAGAUGAAUACUCAGUUAGUUGACUAUGUAGUAAUAACAAGAUGGUUAUAAUAGAUCC